AUGGUCUGGUUGAUCGCAUUGCCGGGAAUUGAACGUUGUCUGCCUCGGCAGCAGGGUGAAGCCCAGUGGAUGGGCCGGCCGAGUACUGAGCGGUUGGCUCCUUCUAUCAUUGCAAAUAUAAUUUCCUUGGCGCUGGUGUCGCGGGCGGGGGUGCUGUCUGCUGCCACUGCCUCCUCCAUCACCUGUCUCCUGAAUGCCGGACUUCUGCCUCUCUUUCACCUCCUCCUCCUCCUCCUCCUCCUCAUCCUAAUCGCAUCCCAUAUCCUCACGGCUCCCAUCCCUCGUCUCACGCCCACACACCCCAUCGCCACAACCCAUCCAUAG